AUGUCCGACUCUCUGGAACCGCCGGCCAAAAGGGCGCGGUUGGAGGCGGACGCUCCCACACAGUAUGGCACUUCAGCAUCCUCUGCAUCUGCGCUGGACGCGCCUGGCUCGCCUGUCGAUGACAUGGACGACGAUUUUUACGACACUACGCCAGUCAAACCUUCUGCGCUGCCUACCGCUGUGGACGGGACGACAGCGUCGUCGUUUGCAGCGGUUGCACCCGCGCCAGCCUUUCACCUUCCAGGACUCGGCUCUACGAGCGAGGCCCCGGUUGCGCAGCCGCAACCGCAACCACACGACGGCGCGGCAGCCCAAGAUGAGCCAGAAGACGGCGAGUUUUCGGAUGGGGAGGCCUUUUACGAUGAUGCCAACGCGAACGCGCAGACCGGCAUCCCAGUCGAGCCGUCUGCAGCCAAUCAAGCGCAGGCCCAGCAUGAUGCUCCACAGCAAGGCAUGCCGUCGCCCUCUGAGCUGCCUGGUGCAAACUUGACGUCUGCCCAAGAUGCUGCCGCUGCAGCAGAUACCCCCGCCGCCGACACCGACGGCGAGCUCGACGCGGCACUUACUGCAGCCAUAGACCAACAAAACGAGACUGAAGAUGCUUCACCUGAAGGCGCUACAUUCGACAGCAAAGCCGAGUUCUUGCGCGCGGCGGAAGCAAACAGGGGUGACCAGAAUGCUGAAUGGCAGCUGGACUCGGACGCCUCAGACUCGGAUUCAGACUCUUCCUCCGACUCGAGCUCUGAUGACAGCUCAGAUGAGGGCGAGCUGCUGGAUCCAGAGGAGCAGGUGCGCCUCCUUAUGGCUGAAGUCGCAGACGAUGCAGGCGCCUCGGGCCCCGUGAAGGUCAAGACGCUCAAUGAGAUGGAUGAGAAAUUCGAAAAGCCCGACAUCACUGUUACAGAAGACACUAAAAUCACAGAACUCGGCAAGGUUGAAUCAAUUGUUGGAAAUCUGGUGGUUGUAAAGGCCAAGAUGGCUGGAGAUGAGCAAGUGCUUGAAUCUGGCUCGGCGCUCUGUCUGCAGAACCGUACUGUUGUCGGCAAGGUGUCUGAGCAAAUUGGCCGUGUUGAAGAGCCUCGCUAUUCAUUUGGCUUCAAUGAUACAGCUGAACUUACAACUUUAGGUAUCGAGAAGGACACGCCCAUUUACUAUGUUGACGAACACUCAACCUUCGCCGAGACUGAGCCCAUCCGCCGGCAAAAGCAUACUGAUGCAUCAAACCUUCACGAUGAAGAGACCAACGAAGUCGAGUUUUCGGACGACGAGAAGGAGGCUGAAUACAAGCGCGAGCAGAAAGCCAAGAAGCGAGCCAGAGCGGACACCAACGAGGAGCAGGCUCCUGUGAACAUACCCACUGGCCCGAGACUACAUGUCGAUGCUCCAGCACCGCCUAUCUACCGACCCAUGGAGUACCAAGGUGGCGGGCUUAAAUACAGUGAUGAUGAAGAUGAGGAUUUGGGCAUGUACAAACCGCUUGCCCGACCGGACCACUUUGAACAAAUUGUUGGUCAGGGUGCGCCGUUGGAAGAUCGUAGCCAUGUGCGAAGAGGCAUGGGUCGCGGCAGGGGUCCAUGGGGCGAUCGAGGUCGUGGAUUCCGUGGCCGGGGAGGCGCUGGCGGACGCGGUGACUUUGGUGGUGCUCGCGGCGACCGAGGAGGAUACGGUGGCGGCAAUGGCGGACGUGGUGAUUUUGGAGGAGGUCGUGGUGAUCGUGCAGGACAACGGGGCGACCGCGGGGCUCAGGGCAACAAUCGAGGCGACAAAGGAGGGGGUGAAAAGGGCGGACGCGCGGGCAAGAAUCAGUCUGACCGCGGCAAGCAACAGGAGCAGUUUCAACAGAACAACCAGCAGCAGAGGAAUGGGCCCUACCAAGACAACCGAUCUGCUGCCUCUGCAUCUCCGGCACGCCAGCAACAGGACCGUAGCCAGUCGUAUCCUCAGCAACCCCCUUCGCAGCAAUCCCCCUCUGGAGGUGGCGGCAAAAACAAGAACCGCAAGCAGCGACAACGUGAGAAGAGGGAGCGAGAACGCCAACAGCAGCAACAACAACAACAACAACAGCAACAGCAACAGCAACAGCAGCAGCAGCAGCAACAAUCGCAAAAGCAGCAACAACAGAAUGCUUCUCCAGCACCUUCCGGGCCUUCAAACUCGAAUGCGUAUACAAACAACAGCAACGCAGGUUGGCCAGUACCAUUUUCAGGUCCAUCACAACCUGCGAUACCAUAUGCUUCAGCCCCGCCGCCUCCUCCACCAGCAGCGGCAGCAUCAUACACUCCUCAACCAUCGUACACGCCGCAGCCUCCAGUACCGGCGCAGCCACAGGCACAACCACAGCAGAACCAGGCGGCCAAUUGGGCGGCGUGGGCACAGUGGUUCCAGGUUGUGGGUGCGAUGAGCGGGCAGCAACCACCGCAGCCUCAACUGGCAGCACAGGCCCCCGCACCGCCACCGCCACAGCCGGCUGCUCAAGCGCAGUACUCGUAUCCUUAUCAAGGAUAUGGGCAGAACCAGGCACCGGGUAUGAAUGCCCCGCCGCCGGGCAAUGGGCAGGCUAGCGCGCAGUCAUUGCAGGAUAUAUUGCGGGCUCUCCAAGGUGGAGGGGCGCCGCAGUAG